AUGGCACCCCCGCGCCAUCGCACCGCAGCAAUACAAGACGACUCAAGGUCCGAAGCCUCAAGCGGUACAAGAGAAUACCCAAAGACCAAAUCCCGCAGACCAGCAAAAGACAAAUCCGUCACCAGCGCCCCAGUCGAGCAAGAUGAACCAAGACUCCCCUGGACAGACCUCCCCCUCGAUAUCCUCCACUCAUACCGCCAUCUCCACAAACUUCCUACCCCGUCUGCUUAUGCCAGCGAUUACUCGCGCAUCGUCCUUUCUCAAGGCGUAGGCCUCCGUUCCCCGACUUCCCUCGCCGCUCGCCGCGCCCAGUCUUCUAGAUCGAGUGACUCACAUCGUCGCGGCCAGGACCGCGUGAGUAAAGAUCAAUUCGCUCUCGUUGUGCGCAGGCAUUUCAAUAGCGCUGGUCUCUCGGAGCAGGAGACUAUCGCUCGCUUCUUGUACACUGUGCGUGAGGAGCGUCGCGGGAGGCAGUUCAGACUGCGCUUCCAGCCCUAA